UGAAGCCGGCGGAAGUGACGUACUAUCUACACCAACAUGGCUAGCAGGGAAGAACCCACGUGGAGAGGCACUGAGGAAGGAGAAGAUGACGAUAUGGAGAGGAGCGAGAGUGAGGAGGAAGAGGAGGAGGAUGACGAGAUUAUGGAGGAGAACGAGGAGGGGGGUGACGGUUCUCAGAGAGUCUAUCUGCCCGGCGUGGAGCCCCUGAAGGAGGGAGAGGAGCUGGUGAUGGACCAGGACGCCUAUGUUCUCUAUCACCAGGCGCAGACGGGGUCUCCAUGUCUGAGCUUCGAUGUGAUCCCGGACAAUCUGGGGGACAACCGCUCCGAGUACCCCCUAACCCUGUUCUUGUGUGCGGGUACCCAGGCCGACAGUGCCCAGGCCAACAGGAUAGUCGUGAUGAAGAUGCACAACUUACAUCGAACCAGCAAAGAGAAGAAGAGUGAAUCCGAUUCAGAAAGCAGUGAGAGUGAAGAUGAUGAAGACGAAGAAAAGAAGCCACAGCUGGAGUUGGCUAUGGUUCCACACUAUGGAGGAAUUAACAGAAUUCAGGUCUCUACGCUCCUGGACACUCCAGUCGCUGCAGUUUGGUCAGAAAAGGGUCAAGUAGAGAUCUAUGAUCUUCAGAAGCAGCUGGCGGCAGUGUCUGACUCCCAGACAUUAGCUGUGUUUCUAAAAGAGGAACAAACUAAAAUCAAACCGGUCUUCUCUUUUUCUGGACAUAUGACUGAAGGAUUUGCCAUGGACUGGUCUCCAAAUGUAGCAGGCCGAUUGAUAACUGGAGACUGUAAUAAGAACAUUCAUUUGUGGAAUCCUAAAGAAGGAGGGUCGUGGCAUGUUGACCAAAGGCCUUUUACUGGACACACACAGUCUGUGGAGGAUCUACAGUGGUCACCAACUGAGGCUACGGUCUUUGCGUCCUGCUCAGUCGAUGCUUCCAUUCGUGUUUGGGACGUCAGAGCAGCUCCCAAUAAGGCGUGCAUGCUGACAGCCAGCCAGGCGCAUGACAGUGAUGUAAAUGUGAUCAGCUGGAACAAACAUGAGCCUUUUAUCGUCAGCGGGGGGGAUGAUGGUGUCCUCAAGAUUUGGGACUUGCGCCAGUUUCAGAAAGGAGUAAGUGUGGCCCGGUUUAAGCAGCACACUGCCCCGAUCACCUCUGUUGAGUGGCACCCUACAGACAGCGGGGUAUUUGCAGCUUCUGGUGCAGAUGAUCAGAUAACUCAGUGGGAUCUUGCAGUGGAGAGAGAUCAGGAUCAAGAGGGUGAUGCAGAAGAUCCUACCUUGCAAGCCAUUCCACCACAGCUGCUAUUUGUUCACCAAGGAGAAAAGGACAUAAAGGAGUUACACUGGCACCCUCAGUGCCCGGGCCUAAUCAUUAGCACAGCUUUGUCUGGUUUCAAUGUGUUUCGUACCAUCAGUGUGUGAGGACGCUUACUACCUGCUGCUGUGGACAAUUUGUCACUUUCCUCUUAACAUUUAAGGCUGACUUUUACUGAAGUACUUACUAAUCGAGGGUUUAAAUGACAUGACUGCCCUUCCUUCAUUUGAGGGUGUAUUUAAAGGAGUACUCCGAUGCUAGUUUUUUUUUUAUGGUAAACUAACCCUAAAGCAAAGUUAUAUAACAUUGUAAAUUACUUACCUUAUCCAUAUCGCUCUUUUCCUGGUCUUCUCCCGCAUUUCUCCUUCUAACGGAAGCUGGCUCCUUUUUCGUCAAUCUAUGACGCUCGACCGCUGUUUCUUCUGCACCGCCGCCAUCUUAGCCCGGUCACGCAUCGCUCCCAUGAGUCACUGUGUGCUGUGCCGGCCUCCCAGCCUGGAGUCGGCUACUCCCCCUAAGUUAACUGCGCAUGCGCAGUACUAUGCGAAUAGCGUAGGGCUAACUCUAGGCUUCUAUUGCUGCCUACGUUAGCCCUACGCUAUUUGCAUAGUGCUGCGCGCAAACCCGCUAGUGGUGAUGGUAGGGAUGGGAGGCAUUCUUGUGACACCGCUAGUGAAGUGUUUCCCAACCAGGGUGCCUCCAGCUGUUUCAAAACUACAACUCCCAGCAUGCCCGGACAGUCUUCGGCUGUCUGGGCAUGCUGGGAGUUGUAGUUUUGCAACAGCUGGAGGCACGCUGGUUGGGAAACACUGUGCUAGUGGGUACAUGGAAGGAACUUUAUUAUAAUUUAUUAUAAUUUCCUGGGGGGGUAGCAGCUAACAGGAAGCUGGUGCAGGGAGUCAUGUGAAAUGUAGUCUUUAUGACAUGGCUGCUUACUGCUACAGGUGGCAAUUACAAGAGAAUGGCUGAGCCAAAUUUGACAAAUGAGGUAUUGUUUGAAAGAGCUAUCAGAUGAGGUAAACUUUUUUUUUUUUAAGUACCAGUGCUCUGGAGUAUUCCUUUAAUAUUCACAAACCAAUAUUGUCUUUUAUAAUCCUUUUAAAAGCCUCAUGCUUCAUAUUUACGUUGUCUAUUUUAGACAAGUGUCCAACCUUUAUCUACAAACAGCUUUUGGAACUCAAAUUUGUAUUGCUGUGCCCUUGUCAACACUGUGUGUUUUACAUUAAGUAAUCUGAAUAAGACUUCUCAAAUAUGUAUCAUAAGCAAAUCUGUUGAUUUCCCCUCAGUAUUACAGGGAAACAUGUUUAGUUACUCUACUAGAGAAGGAAACAGCUGCUUAUAAAGGGUUAUAGGCCCUAUCACUUUAUUAAAAAAAAUAAUAAUAAUUCUGACCAGUACUGCGAUUCCCACCAAUUGUGUACAUAAAAUGGCAUUAGUGCUCAGCUGAAGGCUUUUUCCUAUGUUCGGAUUUACAGUAAGUCUGUUAUCAUUUUGUCAUUUGAAUGGCUGUGGUGAAAGAUAUUGUAGCAUUACUUACUGUAUAUACAGUACUACUUCAAUGAAGAGCUGCUACAAAAUACAUGUAGCAGAGCAGACUAAGGCUCCAUCCAGGCAGGCAUGUUCUACUUGAGUGUUUGAAGACUUGAACAUGGAUCUCUGUACUUCUACUGUACCAAAUUAAUAGUUGAAAAAUCUACAUUUGUACAUUGUCAAUGUUUUUGACCUAUGGAAAAAAAAACUUGGAAUGGAGCUUAUGUUGUAUAAUCCCAAUCAAAGGCAAGUUAUGAAUAUUGAACAUAAUACAACAGAUUCAGAUCACACUCCAACAUACAACAGCACUCCUGCCUUGGUUACUGUUCCCUUUAGCUGGAGUGUACAUGUA